AUGGAGGACUUGAACCAAAUUGUUAUGAUGUCUCAUGCCGCGAACUCCAGCAAGAACGAACUCGAACCAAACAAGGAGGAAGUGACGACACACACCGCCACUGGUGACAUCGACAUCGCACCACAUGGUGCCAAAGUCGAGGUUGCACUGAAACUCGUGACUGGAGAAGCGUCUGAGGCGACAGGUUCUGGACAUGUGGUGAAAAGGGGGAGGGGGAGGCCUCGAAAGUACAAAGUUAACGAGAGCCAACUGACUGUAGUGACGGCGCAGCCACCGGUAUUCGCCAUUCAACCUUAUGGCGGAGGUGAAAAUGUUAAGCGAAGCAGGGGACGCCCUCGGGGUUCUACGAAGCCACAAAUUCCGACUUCCAUUAUGUUAGCUGGUCGAGGUUUCACAUCUCAUGUGGUGGAUGUGAACACUGGGGAGGAUGUGAUGAGCAAGAUAACACCAUUUUAUCAGGCAGGUCCUCUGUCAGUUAGUCUACUUUUUGCUCAUGGUCAUGUUUCAAGUGUUGCCUUUCUCCAACCUGAUUCUAAUAACCUAUUGAGAUAUGAGGGCUACUUUCAAAUUAUAUCAUUAAAUGGAUCAUGCACCUAUUCUACUGAAGUUGGUGGUCCUCUUACAAAAACCUUCAAGUUCGCGAUUUCAUUGCUUAAACCCGAUGGAGAGAUGUUUGGAGGGAACAUUACAAGCUCCUUGAUAGCCGCUGGCCCUGUUCGCCUUAUAUUGGCAACUUUCAAGCAAAACAUAAGCAAUCAUAUGAAGAGAAGGCAGUCAUGUGGAUCAUCUACUGCUUCAAACAUCCCAGGUAACCCAGAUUCUGCAAGAGGAGAUCUGCAUAAAGUUCCUAGGAUGACAAAAGGGGAGAUCAUCUGUCCUACACCAAUAUCAGCAGUGUUGCCAACAUCAUCAACUGAUGGCAUAACUGAGACUCCACCUCUUUCUUAG